CACAUUGUAAACUGCAGAGUCUCAGUCUGUAGUGCUGAUGGUAAUCUGUCACAGUGGAUUUGGCAGCGCGCAGGACAGGAGGAGAGGUUUUACGCACGAGUUCCUCUCUCAACCAUAAAGCAUUUGGAAAACUCCUACUAGUAGAGAAGGGGAUCCUGUGUUCUCAUGGUGGGUCCUUCAUCUGCCCCCGUCGAGGAGAGCGCGGUGAAGUGCUGACCGAUUGAAUGUCACCUCCAGUCACCAUGGAUUACGGACGGACCAUGGCCCCUCCGGUACCCCCACACAAUCCUAUCCCCGCCCGGCCAGGGCAGGCGCAGGAGCGGCUGCUGAAGUGCAUCCUGCUUGGAGACGGAGCGGUGGGCAAAACCAGCCUGGUGGUCAGCUAUACAACGAAUGGCUACCCAACUAAAUAUGUCCCCACUGCAUUUGAUGACUUCUCGGCUGUGGUUCAGGUGGAUGGAAACCCGGUUAGACUACAGUUGUGUGACACUGCAGGACAGGAUGAGUUUGACAAACUCCGUCACUUCUGCUACAGCCGGACUGACGCCUUGCUGCUCUGCUUCAGCGUGGUCAGCCCUGCGUCCUUUCAAAACGUCUGGGAGAAGUGGGUCCCUGAAAUCCGUCGCCGCUGCCCCCUCACGCCCAUCCUCCUCGUAGGCACGCAGUGCGACCUGCGGCAGGACGUCAAAGUGCUGAUCGAGCUGGCAAGACGGAGGGAGAGGCCGGUGGCGGAGGAAGACGCCAGGGCGCUGUCGGAAAAAAUCGGGGCAGUGACGUACAUUGAGUGCUCGGCGCUGACACAAAAGAAUCUGAAGGAGGUGUUUGAUGCGGCCAUCGCUGUUGGGUUACGGCACUCUGACAGGAGAGUGAGGCGGGAGAGGAAGGUCCGCAGCACAGCUGAUAAGAUGAAGAUGCUCUCCAAGUCCUGGUGGAAGAAGUAUGUGUGUGUCCAGUAGGGAGGGAGGAGAUUUUCCUGUGACUGAUGAUAAAACUGGAACUGCUGACUUUUUCGUGUGAGACUGAGUUGGAUAGACUAUUUUUACAUUCACCUGCACGACCCCAGAUGUCGCGGCUAUAAUGACUUUAAUUUGGUGAAGAAGCAACAGCUCAACAGAGGCAGAGUGUCUCUGUGAGCUGCAGAGGUGUUGCAGGUUUGGAAUAUUUUCACUUUCACCAGAAGAAAAUCCAUUUGUUGAUGCCUAAAAGACAAAGAGCAUUAAGCUUUAACCAGUGUCUGCUCCUUAGAGCCAGUCUGAACUGUUCAAUAUGACUGAGAUCAGCAUUCAUCCAAAAGUUAUGGAGCUAUUAAAGUUUCUGGCACAUGGACUACAUAUCACACUGUCCAAAGGAAAUGUGAGCUGAUUUGGAGGAGAGACGUUCAGACAAAUUUUAUGUACUAAAAGUGUACUCCUCCUAUGUUUCUGAUUUGAUACCCUCCUAUAACAAAGUAUAUUAUUUUAUAUGUUCUACACUGUAAUUAAGCCCCCAAACACUUCUGUUAGAUUCUUUUUUUAUUCACUGAAAUCACAACAUGAAGUUAAUAUAAGCUGAUUAGCUUAAAUGCCCAAUCAAAGAUGCAAUAAUUCUACUGUCCAAAGUCAAAGUCAUGCACCUUGUUUUCUAAAUCAGAACUUGUCAAACUCUUUUGGAUUACAAUCACAUGUAAAUGAGUAUAAAUUCUUUAAAAAAAAUAUAUGAAUUCUUCGGGAUGUAAAGCGGUUUUGAACAUGUUGUAGUCCAGCCAUUCAGUUCUGUAGGGACUUCUCUACGCCGGCUUGCGUCUGUGCCACAUUUUGAAGUGUUGAUACAGUUAGAGGUCUGUAAGCUCCUCACCAAAACACCUAUUACAUUUGACUGAUGCCACAAAAACAUUAACAGAGUACACAGAAUGCCUAUUAAUGCUGAUUACCCAACCUAUACUGGAUCACACAUACUUGCUGUAGGUUUUGGAAGUUUUAGUUGACUGAAAAGUUCCACCUGAGUUGAAGCCACUUUGAUAGUUUUAACAGUUUUACUGUUACAAGCUUUCAGCAAUACAUUGGGUGGUGCCACUGUACAUUGCACUUAUCACACACAGUCUGAACACAUCACUGAAGUCUUGCCAUGCAAUGGCCUUUGGACCAGUGGUGUGAGUUAGAUAUAGGGCAGGUAAAUGCAUCCACAGUGCUUGAGAUGUAGGUUUACUCAGUCACUGAAACCGAAAAGUGGCUGCACUACCCACUGGUUUGGAUGAUCACAGGGUCUUUCUUCGUCAUUGUAUUCAGGGGCCUUAAACAGAUAAUUAUCCGUCUUUGUCGGUCAGUAUAUUGGAGCUCUCUCCUCGUUUGAAAUGAUAACAGUAAAUGAGGUGAAAUCAUCAAAGAGACUGAUUCUAUGUUUGCUUCUUAUUUUUCAGAAGCCUGUCAUUCAGCUCUGUCUAUUUAUCUGUUCCUUCUGGGCCAAUAACUGAUCAACAGCAAUACAGAGCAGAUGUAUGAAAUAUUGUAUGUCAUUAUGUAUGUUACAUAGUAAUCAUUUAUGAUGUUUGUAAUGUCAUCAGGAUAAAUCUCUGUGUACAUAUAUAAGUGACUCAGUCAUUGGCUGUGCUGUUCAACUCUAACUGGUACUUAACAGUACGUGGGUUGGUGUCUGAGAGCAGUUUGUUGAGCUGUAUGAGCGGAACAAAAUAAAAUGUGAAAUAUUA